ACACGACGUUGGAUGGCCUAGUAUUUGGAUGGGUGCACAGCGUUUGUGCAGUUAUACGAGUCGGUGAAUUAAAGUAGAGUACGAAGGUUUUGUGUUGAAUUCGACACCAUUUGUUUGAAGUGUCACAUACACGAAAGCAGAUAAUAAUUUGCGGUGAAGCAACCAACAUGCGGUUAAGUGUAUUAUUUGGAGUAAUUUGUUUGCUGGCUGUUGGUUUAUGUGCGAAGGAUGAAAAGAAUAAAGAUGUUGGAACUGUAAUAGGAAUUGAUCUGGGAACAACAUAUUCGUGUGUUGGUGUAUAUAAAAAUGGACGUGUGGAAAUUAUUGCAAAUGAUCAAGGAAAUCGAAUUACUCCUUCGUAUGUGGCUUUCACACCUGAUGGUGAAAGGUUGAUUGGAGAUGCUGCCAAAAACCAACUUACAGCAAAUCCAGAAAACACAGUAUUUGAUGCUAAACGUCUUAUAGGGAGAGACUGGUCGGAUGCCACAGUUCAGCAUGACAUUAAAUUUUUCCCUUUCAAGGUGAAAGAAAAGAAUAGUAAGCCUCACAUUGAAGUUUCCACAUCUCAAGGAGAAAAACUGUUUGCCCCAGAGGAAAUAUCUGCCAUGGUUCUGGGUAAAAUGAAGGAGACAGCAGAAGCCUAUUUGGGAAAGAAGGUCACUCAUGCUGUGGUAACUGUACCUGCUUAUUUUAAUGAUGCUCAGCGACAAGCAACAAAGGAUGCUGGUACAAUCUCUGGACUUGUAGUAAUGAGAAUUAUUAAUGAACCGACUGCUGCAGCCAUUGCUUAUGGUUUGGACAAGAGGGAAGGCGAAAAGAAUGUUCUGGUGUUUGAUUUGGGUGGUGGCACAUUUGACGUCUCUCUUCUUACCAUAGAUAAUGGUGUAUUUGAGGUGGUGUCUACAAAUGGUGAUACACAUCUCGGUGGUGAAGACUUUGAUCAGCGUGUGAUGGAUCAUUUCAUAAAGUUGUACAAGAAAAAGAAGGGCAAAGAUAUUCGUAAGGACAACCGUGCUGUUCAGAAAUUGCGUCGUGAAGUAGAGAAGGCAAAGCGAGCAUUGUCUGCGAGUCAUCAAGUUCGCAUUGAAAUCGAGAGCUUCUUUGAGGGAGAUGACUUUUCAGAAACUCUGACCAGGGCCAAAUUUGAGGAAUUGAAUAUGGACUUGUUCCGUUCAACAAUGAAGCCAGUCCAGAAAGUGUUGGAUGACGCCGACAUGAAUAAGAAGGAUGUAGAUGAAAUUGUGCUUGUUGGUGGCAGCACACGUAUCCCUAAGGUGCAGCAGCUUGUCAAGGAAUUCUUUGGUGGAAAGGAACCAUCAAGAGGUAUAAACCCUGAUGAAGCCGUUGCUUAUGGAGCAGCUGUCCAGGCUGGUGUUCUCUCUGGAGAGCAGGAUACAGAUGCCAUUGUCUUGCUGGAUGUUAAUCCUUUGACAAUGGGUAUUGAAACUGUGGGUGGUGUGAUGACAAAGCUCAUUCCUCGAAAUACCGUUAUUCCAACAAAGAAAUCUCAGAUCUUUUCAACAGCUUCCGAUAACCAACAUACUGUUACAAUUCAGGUUUAUGAAGGUGAGCGACCCAUGACAAAGGAUAACCACUUGCUUGGAAAAUUUGACUUGACAGGAAUCCCUCCAGCACCCCGAGGUGUGCCCCAGAUUGAAGUCACGUUUGAAAUUGAUGCCAAUGGUAUUCUACAGGUUUCUGCUGAGGAUAAAGGCACAGGUAACAGGGAGAAAAUUGUCAUUACCAAUGACCAGAAUCGCCUUACUCCUGAUGACAUUGAACGAAUGAUCAAGGAUGCCGAGAAGUUUGCCGAUGAUGACAAGAAGCUAAAGGAACGUGUUGAAGCCCGUAAUGAACUGGAAUCGUAUGCUUAUUCCCUUAAGAAUCAGCUGGCAGACAAAGAAAAGCUCGGCGCAAAGGUUAGUGAUUCUGACAAAACAAAGAUGGAAGAAGCUAUUGAUGAGAAAAUAAAGUGGCUGGAAGAGAACCAGGAUGUGGAUACGGAAGAUUACAAAACACAGAAAAAAGAACUGGAGGAUAUUGUUCAACCUAUCAUUGCCAAACUCUACCAGGGUGCAGGUGGAGCACCUCCCCCGAGUAAUGCAGAUGAUGAUGAUCUCAGGGAUGAGCUUUGAGAGUUGUAAAAGUAGACUGAAAAAAAAAACAGUUGUGAUGUACAGUGAACUUCACAAGAGGCUGUGCAAAGUUGAUGCCUCAACACCCUUAGCUGGGUACAGAAGAGAACCCUGCCUAUGGAUAGGGCUUUAAAAUUCCAUUCAAUAUUAUGUGUUAUAAAACAAAGUUUGAAGUGCUUGCUUGCAUAAAUGUACUUCUUAGAGAAGCAGUUCAGUAAUUUUGGAAAGGAGGAAAUUUGUAUGGUCUUCAUUUGUGUUUCAGCAAAUUUUCUUCCAACAGUACUCUGAGAAGCUAGUACGGUUAGCUUAACUAAUGCCAUGUUGGGAAUUGGGUAAUUAUAGCUUGUUUUGUGUAUAUGUUUGUUCAGGGAAUCAGAACUUUGGCAGUAUGAUCCUUGGAUAUUGUUGAGAUGUGAGUUAAUUACCAUUGUUGCUGGAAAGCAUUUUUCAGAUACAUUCAGAAUUGUAAAGAAUUCCUCUACAAUUAGUAUUCUGUACAUGGGCAUAAAAUGUUUCCAGGGAUUAGUAUCCAAGGAUAAUUUGUCCAUAUUUUUGAUUGAAUGUAAUAUCCUUAGACUAGAAAAAAUCUACCAUACUGUAUUUGUAAUACUUCCAGACUGUUUCUGAAUUUCUUUCGAUUGUUAAUGCUUAUUUAUUCUUUUUCAGUGAACUGUGGCAUUAAUUUGUUUUAUUCGAUAGUCUGAUAUAUAUUUGCCACAAGAAUGACUGAGUAGUUGUACAGAUUGUAUGUGUGAAUGUAUGUUGUUGAAAUAAAUAUUCAUUUUCCAGAAUA